GAAGAAAGUCAUACGAUAUUUUUUGGGAAGUACGCGAGCACACAAUUACCCCGCUCUUGUGACCAAGAUGUUGCACUACUUCCAGAAAAUUGGAGUGAAUAUGUCCCUCAAAAUUCACUUCUUGCAUCACCAUCUCGAAUACUUCAGCAAGCAGCUAGCCUCAGAGUCGGAUGAACAUGGCGAGCGCUUCCAUCAAGUGGCAAUGCCAAUGGAAACGCGAUAUAAAGGCAAAAGGCUCGAUUCGCUGGUGGCUGAAAUUUGUUGGUGGUCGCAAAAGACGUACGAUCCCGACAAUGAAGAUGAAGAAGAAGAAUAUACAAUGGGAGUUUCCUCCGAGGAUGAAGACAGAUCCUCAUCCGAUACAGACUCUGAACAAGUGGGCGAACCACCACGCAAGAAAGUAAAGGGCGCAAACAAACGAAAAUAAGUUUUGCGUUCAUCGAUUUUUAUAACCUAUGUAUCUAUGUAAUAACCUAAUAAU